CCUCCCGACUCACUCUUCUUCCUCAUCAUCUUUUUUAGCUUCACCUCGUCUGCUCUCUACUUGCUUUGCUUGUUGAUUUCUGUCUGUAUAUUGUACAGUUCAGUAAUGGAAUCCGCUUGGGUGAAUACGACGCUGGAUCUCAACAUUAACCCUUUUGAUCAUUCCAACAAAGCUCUGAGGAGAGAAGCUGAUGGGAAAAUGGGCGACUUCGAUGUGAAAGCCCCAGUUAAACAAGAGACUGGAGUUUUGGUGGAGGAAUUGAACAGGGUUAGCGUCGAGAACAAGAAGCUAACUGAGAUGCUAACGGCUUUAUGCGAGCACUACACUUCUUUGCAAAAACAAUACAAGGAAUUGGUGAGCAAGAACACUGAAACUGAAGUUGCAGCAACAUCUACAAAGAAGAGGAAAGCCGAGUGCGAAGAUUACAGUGCUACCGUGAUUGGCUUCACUGCAAACGCUAAGAGCGGCUGUAGUGAUGAAAACUCAUGCAAAAAGCCCAAGGAGUGCAUUAAUGCCAAAAUUUCAAGAGCGUGCGUACGCACAGAUCCUUCCGAUAACAGCCUGAUUGUGAGAGAUGGAUAUCAAUGGAGAAAAUAUGGUCAAAAGGUCACAAGAGAUAACCCUUCCCCCAGGGCUUACUUCAAGUGCUCCUUUGCCCCAAGUUGUCCGGUGAAGAAAAAGGUGCAAAGAAGUGCUGAAGAUCCUUCGAUCUUGGUCGCUACUUAUGAAGGAGAGCACAACCAUGCACACCAUUCGCCGGCUGCAUUACCAUCGUUAAGCCCCGUUAAUAGUGGUUCCACCACACCCAACAACCCUCGUUCAGCUCCUGUUUUUUCUUCUUCCUCAUCCCCCGCCAACUCUUCGGCUCCUACUGUAACUCUGGACUUGAUGAAACCAGCUGGAUCGGAUGAUGGUACAAAAAAACUUACCCAACAAGUUGAUCAACCGGCAAUUCAACAGAUUUUGGUUCAACAAAUGGCGGCUUCUUUGACUAGGGACCCCAAUUUCACAGCAGCACUAGCUGCAGCCAUUUCUGGAAAAGUUCUAGACCAGAAGUGGUAAGAUUCAACAAACUUGGGGAGAAUUCCAUAGUUCUUUAGUUUUAUUUUUUUUGUUGAAAUUGGUAGAGAGAGUCUGAAUUGAACUGAUGUAAAUAGAAUAUUGAAUCUAAUAUAAAAAAAAGUGAAAAACUAGAAGAAGGUAAUUCUUUUCUUUGCCCAAGUAAUUUUCAGU